AUGGUCACUCUUACAACCUCGGACAACGAGCAAUUCACAGUGGAGAAGGAUGUUGCUGAGCGCUCGGCACUCAUCAAGAACAUGAUGGAGGGUGAGUAGCGCUCGCCACGAUGGAGGGGGGAUGGGACGUCGUGUAAACGAACGCGACUGCAGAAUGCGGCGCCUGGUUCGUUGCCCCUUGGCUGACACGCAAAACGCACAUUCCCAUGAACAGAUAUUGAGGGCGAUGACAUGCCCAUCCCCCUCGUCAAUGUCUCCGCCAACGUGUUGAAGAAGGUGCGUUCGGGCUUUCGAUACGCCAUAGCCACGAGGCAGGGUAGAUGUCCUUGGUCAUGAGCUUGAACGUCUCGUCUGCGGGCUACCGUCGCAGUGGGAAUUUGGGCGUUGAACAGAGCGCUGAGCUCUGAGCCAAGCAUGUGUGCAUAGUGCGCAAGCUAGUGCUGUAGACAUGGUCUCGCAUUAGAGACAUAAACCCGAGCGCGCAUACAUCGACUCACUGUUCGCCGGUACCUCGGUGCGUUGGCUUUCUGGGAUGCUCAUCUACGUGCCUGUCAUGACUUCUCGUGCCCAGGUUCUUGAAUACUGCUCCCACCACCGAGGCGACCCACCUCCAUCAGACGAUGCCAACGAAGAGUCUCGCAAGCGCACGACUGACAUUUCCGAGUGGGACGCCAAGUUCAUUCAAGUCGACCAAGAGAUGCUGUUUGAGAUCAUCCUGGCAGCCAACUACCUCGACAUCAAGCCCUUGUUGGAUGUGGGAUGCAAGACGGUAGCAAACAUGAUCAAGGGCAAGACUCCGGAGGAGAUUCGCAAAUUGUUCAACAUUCAGAACGACUUUACGCCGGAGGAGGAGGCGCAAAUUCGCAAGGAGAACGAGUGGGCAGAGGAGCGCUAG